AUGCUAGACGACGCCUCCGAAGACAUCGACGGUAUGGACGACGAUGCUAGAUCUGAACCAGGCCAAAACCCACCUAUCACCGGGCGUUGGACGGCCACUUCUAGUUACGACGUGUACAUAGUGGAUACACCCGAGAAGAAGGAUGACGAUGGUACUCAAGAUCCAAUCGAGGACAAGCCCGUCGAGGCACCACCAAAGCACCGAUGCCAGCGGCGCCGCUCACGAUCGCGUCGGGAAAAGGAAAGUAAUACUGGCACCAGAGAUAACAAUACUCCGGACAAUGCCGAGGACUCCGACCACCCCGUCGAGCCUGUGUUCGAGCGGGAUGAGUGGGAAGAAGGACAAGUCAACCCAGACGAACUUGUCGAUCAUGAGGAUUCGGAAGAUAGUAACUAUCUACCGGCCUCCGAGGAGGAUGUUAGCCUCGGUAAUGAAGAUUUUAUCGUACCAGAGGAAACCCUCGAACAAGAAUGCUUCAAGCGACAACUCAUCGCCACUGCGAGGAUCCAAAAAAAGAAACAGCAACAGCUUCAAGCUGAAUAG